AUGGCCAUCUCAGACCCCCUGAUCAAAUCCCUCCGCGAGACUCUCGUCUCCUCAAGGACCUUCACGCCCCAAGACGAAGGCUACGAAGCCGCCAUCACCCGGUGGUCCGACACCGGCCGCAAAGAAGCUGGCAUCGUAAUCCAACCAACCGAUCCUUCCGACAUAAUAGCGGCGCUGAAAUGGUCGCAAACGCACAACAUCGACCUCGCCAUAAAAUGCGGCGGCCACUCCGUCUCAGGCACAAGUUCCUCCGCAGGGGGUCUCGUCAUCGACCUCUCACGUCUUAACAGUGUCUCCGUCGACCCGACAGCCAAAACAGCCACCGUCGGCGGCGGCGCAGUCUGGAAAGAUGUCGACGAGGCUUUAGCCGUCCACGGUCUCGCCGCCGUGGGCGGGACAGUGAACCACACCGGCGUGGGCGGGUUAACGCUCGGCGGAGGCUACGGGUGGUUAAGCGGGAUGUACGGACUCACAAUCGACAAUCUGCUCAGCGCAAAGAUAGUUCUCGCGAGUGGGGAAAUCGUCAAUGCGUCGUCGAGUGAAAACAGCGAUUUGCUCUGGGGACUGCGCGGGGCUGGGUAUAACUUCGGCAUUGUGAUCGAGUUUACGUUCCAGGCGCAUGAGCAGAAGAAUCCUGUGUAUGCGGGUAUCCUUGGUUUCACGCCGGAUAAAGUUGAAGCGGUUAUUGGAGUUCUGAAUGGGCUUUUGCUGGAUAAACCCGAUCCGCGCUCUGGGGCGAUCUGUAUCUUUGCGACGCCGCCGGGGGCGCCGGGGCCGAUGGUGAAUCUGAUUGUCUUUUAUAACGGGACGCAGGAGGAGGGUGAAAAGAGGUUUGGGGAGUUACUGUCCCUCGGUCCAGUCGCGAAUAUGGUCUCCAUGAUCCCGUAUAGCCAGGUCAAUGCCCUGCAAAACCCGAUGGCGACGUAUGGAGAUCGAAAGUCAUUCAAGGGCGUGUUCUUUAACCCGCCUCUGUCGCCUUCAUUUGCGAGGAAGAUGCUGGAGGAUUUCACGGCCAAGGUUAUGUCUGAUCCGGAUUUGGGCAGGUCAGGACUACUGCUUGAGUUCUAUGAUAUGAUGAAGACGGUCGAAAUCCCCAGGAGUGCAACUGCGUUUGCGAGUCGGGGGACGACGCAGAAUGGACUUAUUACAUUGCGGUGGACGGAUCAGAGUAAGGAUGGAGAACAUAGGGCUUGGGCGAGGGAAAUACAGGAACGCUGGAAGAAGGAGCUUGAGGGGGGACAGGUUGGGAACGUGGAUAUCAAGGGCAAGCAGGGUGUGCCGCAAUAUAUCAACUAUGCCGAGCCUGGUGACUCUGUCGUGGGUAAUAUCUACGGCGAGAACUUUGGCCGAUUGAAGGAGCUCAAGGCCAAGUAUGACCCGACGAAUGUAUUCCACAAGAUGCAUCCAAUUGCCCUGGACUAG